AUGCAACCGAUCCCGCUGUUGCCAUCUACUGCGCUGCCGGCCAUGCAGCCGGAAUCGAAUCUCUCCUUUGUCUCAUUUUACCCUCUCCUACUUCUCUGCUCUAAGAGGAGAAUCGGGAGCGCGAGUGGAAGAGAGCUGAGAGAAACGCCAAGAUGCAAAGCUACUGCCUUGUCAUUGCUCGUCAUUGUUCUGCUCUUCCUCCAAAUACUGCCAACAGUUCUUUCCCUGAAUCCGGAAGUAGAUAACCUUCUCAAGGCUAAGCACGGUCUAGACGACCCAUAUGACUACCUCGCCAACUGGAGACUCACCGAUUCCACCCCCUGCGACUGGACUGGUGUCACCUGCUCUCCUAGCUCCGGCGACGAUGAAAACCUUACCGUCACAUCAGUCAUUCUUAACAACUACGACCUGGCUGGCCCCUUUCCCGUCGCUCUAUGCCUUCUCCAAAACCUCAACUUUCUAUCCCUCUCCUUCAACUACAUCAACUCCACCCUUUCGGACUCUGCCCUUCAGAACUGCUCCGCUCUUACCCACCUCGACCUCUCCCAAAACCUCCUCGUCGGGCCCCUCCCGUCACUUUCUUCCUUCCGUCUUCUCCGCCAUCUUGACUUGGCCGGAAACAAUUUUUCCGGCGCCAUUCCACCCUCCUUCGGCUCCCUCCCAUCGCUCGAAAUCCUCUCCCUCACUGCUAAUCUGCUCAACGAAACCAUUCCCUCUUUCCUUGGGAACAUCUCUACACUCCUCCAGCUCAACAUAUCCUACAACCCCUUCACCCCUGGCCCCAUACCUUACUCUCUCGCCAAUCUCACCAAUCUCGAAACUCUCUGGCUCGCCGGUUGUGGCCUCACGGGUGAGAUCCCGCCGCCCCUGGGCAGUCUCUCCAAGCUCACAAAUCUCGACCUUUCCGUGAACUCCCUCACUGGCAACAUCCCGGACACUCUCUCUGGCCUCUCCUCUGUUAUCCAGAUCGAGCUUUACAACAACAAACUGACAGGCCGCUUCCCUGCUGGGCUCUCUAACCUCACCUUCCUCCUCCGUAUUGACGCCGCGAUGAACUCUCUCUCCGGGCCGAUUCCCGACGACGUUUUCUCCAUCCCCCUGCUCGAAAGCCUCCACCUUUACAGGAAUCAGUUCAUCGGUUCUCUUCCUGCCACUGCUGCCACCGCUGUCAAACUCCUGGAGCUCCGAAUUUUUUCGAAUAACCUAUCCGGGCCCCUUCCCGCGAACCUCGGCAACAGCGCCCCGCUUAUGUUCCUCGAUCUAUCGGGUAACCAGCUCACCGGCGAGAUACCAAAUGAAGUUUGUCAUGGUGGCCUGCUACAGGAUCUUCUUCUCUUCAACAAUGACCUCUCUGGCGGCUUGCCGCAAAGCCUCGCUCAAUGCCAGACUCUCACCCGCAUCCGCCUCUCUAAUAACCGGCUUUCGGGUGAAGUCCCUACCAGUAUCUGGAAACUGCCGCGUAUCACGAUUCUGGAACUCACUCACAACUCCCUCUCAGGAACCAUAGCAUCUGACAUCGCCGGCGCAACCAAUCUUGUCAAUUUGCUGAUCGGCGGAAACAAUUUUAAAGGGAAUAUUCCAGCUGAAAUCGGUUUGCUUUCUAAUCUUUCCGUAUUUUCGGCCUUCAAUAACCGACUGAGCGGCCCUUUACCGGAGUCACUUGGAUUCCUUCCCGAGCUUAAACAACUCGACCUGCAAAACAACUCCCUUUCCGGCGAGCUGCCCAAAAUGCAGUUUUCAAAGAAUCUCACUCAGCUGAACCUUGCCGACAACAUUUUGUCCGGCGGGAUUCCAGAAGAAUUUGGAAGCCUGCUGAUGCUGAACUACCUAGACCUCUCCAGGAACAUCCUCACUGGCGAGAUACCCGCCCAACUACAGUACUUGAAACUGGUCAAUUUCAAUGUUUCCAAUAACCAUCUCUUUGGUCCCAUUCCACCUCUGCUCCGCAACGAAGCCUACAAGAGUAGCUUCCUUGGUAAUCCUGGAUUAUGCUUGGAUCCAAAUGAGCAUUGCUCGAGCUUGACUGUUGCCGAUCAUGGCCAUAGGAAGUUCUUCUGGGUUAUUGGAGUUAUCCUUUUAGCUGCCAUUGUUGGGAUUUCAUUGUUCUACUUGAGGAAGAUGAAUAGUGAAAGAGGUAAAAGAGGAAUGGAUAAGUCCUGGUGGAUUCUCCCUUCUUUCCAUAGAUUGGGCUUCAGUGAAUAUGACAUACUGGAUUCAUUACAAGAGGAUAACAUCAUCGGCCGGGGAGCAUCCGGGAAGGUUUACAAGGCAGUGCUCCGCAGCGGCGAGACUGUGGCAGUGAAGAAGCUUUGUAAAGAGAAAGAAUUGAUGACUGACGACGUUAAGCAGGAAGGUACUGGUUACGAUACCUUGAGAACAGAGGCAGCGGCGACCAUGGGGAAGAUUCGGCAUAAAAAUAUUGUGAAGCUCUGGUGCUGUUACAGUCAUAUGGACUGUCAGCUCCUGGUUUACGAGUACAUGCCAAACGGGAGCUUGAGGGACUUGUUACAUGGCAGCGAGGCGAGGGGUUUGGUUUGGCCUACGAGGUUUAUAAUAGCCAUGGAUGCAUCGGAGGGAUUGUGCUAUCUGCACCAUGACUGUGUUCCUCCAAUUGUUCACAGAGAUUUUAAAGCCAAUAACAUCCUUUUAGAUUCGGAUUUUAGGGCUAAAGUUACAGAUUUUGGGGUUAAUGGAAAGGGGCCGAAAUCAAUGUCCGGUCUUGCUGGCUCGCAUGGAUACAUGGCUCCAGAGUAUCCAUACACUCUUCGUUUGAAUGAAAAGAGUGACAUAUACAGCUUCGGAGUUGUUAUUCUGGAGCUGGUAACUGGCAAGAGUGCGUUGGAUCCUGAGUUGGGUAAGAAGGGCUUAGUAAGAUGGGUUUGCAACACAAUGCAGCAGAAAGGAGAGGAUAGCGUCAUUGAUUCCAAGCUGGAUCGCUGCUACAGAAUGGAGAUCACCAAAGUCCUCAAAAUUGGCCUACUCUGCACCAGCACUCUUCCCAUCAACCGCCCGUCCAUGAGGAGAGUUGUCAAGUUGCUUCAUGAUGUGCGUGCAGAAAGUAAGCCUGUUCCGCUCUCAAAUGCCGGCAAACUCUCUUCUCACUACGAAAAUGAUCAGGAGAGUUUUGCUUGAAGUUGAUGCCAUUUUUUAAUAGGUUUCCUUCUUUAGUUUUGUUUUAGGAAUGAAGUGGUUCUAAGUUCUAACUGUAUCUGAGAAUGUAUUCCUCCUUUCACCUUUCUUCUUUUUUUUUUUUUUGUAAGGAAAAUUCUGGAACUUAUAUAAGGGGAAGUUGGUCUCUGUUGUGUUAUUGCAUAACAGAGUUUUUGAAACUUUGUUGCCAUGAUGAUAUGUGAUGUAAUUGAAUAUGUGAUUUAUUG